ACUCUGUCGGAGGAAGUGGCGUUGUUGUUACGCGAUCAAGCAAAGCGGCGAAGAAAAAAGGAAAACUUUCGGCUGGUCGGCUUUGGAAGCUACUUGACUCGUGUGUGCGUGGUUGUGCUUUACGCCGGAGUUGCAUGUACUCUUUGUGGGUUUUGUUUCCGUCCUGACAACUGGAAUACCUUCUCGGCGAGAGCUUGUCAACUUUUGUUUACAAGUUUUCUUCCGAGUCACACAGGUGGUCAAACGAUGACAGCCGCAGUCUGAGAACACCAGCCGCAUGUCUACAACAUUCAACCCUUGCUGCAGGAAUCAUGUAUGCUCCAACACAGUCAGAGCUCCGGGAAAAACUGGAGGCCCUCCGGUCGUCCAACUCCAAUUUGUCGGACUCGGAGCCAAAGCCACCCCCACGCAGUCCGAACCGCGGUCACAAAGGGAAGCGCACCAAGGUUAAGAUGGGGUACCACACAUGGACUCCAGGCAUGCUGCACGACCAGCUGAUGGCGGAGCUGAAGACGCGGGAAGGGACGCGGUGCAACUGCUGUCCGUACGGCUACCACAUCCACCUGGACUUUGUGCAGUUCUGCGAUGCCCUCAAGGCGCAGGCUGCGAAGGGAAACCUGGACCAGCUGCGCCAGCUGUGCAAGGAGCGGCGGCGCCAACGCAAGUCCCUCCAGGCCUACCUGGGUACCCUGGACAAGGAAGCCGUCAAGCAGGGGCUCUACAACGGGACGGAGGAGCACGUUGGCAAGGCCGUGGUGCGACCAACCGCGCCUCCCCCCGACCUGCUCACUUCGAACGACGAGACGCUGAGCGAGGUGUUCCGCAAUUUCGAAGACGUCCUGAAGGGUCACGAGAACGGGCUGGGGGACGGAGGCACGUACCAAAGGCCCACCUUCGGAGACGGUCCCUCGAGGGUGGACCUGCUCAGGAACGCUCCGAAGUACGCCGACUCGCCCCUGGUGUCGUCUGAUGCAGAAUCGAGACCAUCCUCGGCGCUACGAUCUCAUUGGCCUGAAGCAGACCAAAAGAAGGCAAACGAAAUCCUGGACAUGGUCUUUGGACCCUCGCGCUCCCGAAGCGGGUCGACCAGUUCCAUUUCGUCACAGUCGACCACGUCUUCCCACGUUUUGUCCGACCUCAGAAACGGCUUCCCGCCGACCAAGCAUCCACCCGGGCUGGCCACUAGUCCUACCGGUCCUAACUCGCUAGGCGUUAACCGGGCGGCGCUAACCAACGUUCGGGAACUGAUGGCCACGAGUCUGAAGCGCAUCAGGCAGCUCGAAGACGAGGUCAAGGCCAUACCACUGUUGCAGGUGAAGCUUUCCGUUCUCAAAGAAGAGAAGCGACUGCUUAUGCUCCAGCUGAAGGCAAAAUCAACCCACCUGUCCCAGCGCUCGGUUGCUGUAGGCGACGAUCGCGUGGAAACUCCUGUCUUAAAAGAAGACAGUGAAGACGAUUUUGAGUCGAGGCUCCGGGCACUAGACGGACGGGGCAUCGUAACGCCUCGAAUCACAUCAGACGAAAAGGGACGCAUGAGCCCGCUAUCCUUUGCCCUUUCUUUAGACGCUGCCCUGAACGGAACCUUUAAGGACACUCCGCCCGUACGUCCGAGCCGAAGUUUGGACCGGAGCAAGCCCCUCGUGCGGAUCCAGAAGACAGUAGGCGUCGGAUGCUCCGUCGAGACGCGGACCGUCGGAGUCGGCGAGGACUCCGCGGCCCCGUCGCAGGCCGAGUAUCGAGGUCAAUACGAACGAUCGCCCCUACUCGACGCUGAACGCGAGAGGCGACCUCCGCGAGCGCUGCCGUGCACCAAGUGCGCGGAGCGCAACCAGAAGCAGUACGAGUCUAAGCAGACGGCAACGGACACAGAAGUGCGUCGGGACGUGCGCAAGAAGUUGGAGCAACUGACGUUCGACGUCUGCGAGCCGACAUCAGUCCGGCCCGAGCUGCGGCCCUGCUCGCGAUGCGAGGAAAGGUUGCAGGUAGUGACAUCGGACUCUGCCGUAAACACCGAAGUGGUUAGAACAUCGAGCGUCGGCGUGACAGCGCAGGCGAGGUCCCCUGUCCCAACGCCACCAGUUUCGCCCGCCCCAACUCCGAGGCCGCGCUCACGAAGCCAGGGCGCCCAGACGACACGAGUCACGAAAGGAAAUGUUGGUGUCCAGAUCUCCCCGAGUCCCGUGCGGAAACGGGACGUCAUGCUCCAGGCGGACUCGGUGGACCGGCGCCACGUGGGGCUUCAGGUGCGAUGUGAAGACGUGAAGGCUCACGUCGUUUCAACCGGGACGGGCGUGCUCGACGUGCGGGACGCCACGUGCGACCGCUGCCGGAGCGUGCGGCGCCGCUCGAUCGGUGUCGGCAUCCACGUGACGCAGCGGGACGUCGGCGUGACGUCUGUUGUGAAUGAGGAGAAGACAUCGCGGGGUUCCGGAGAUUGUGCCGUCUCCGACGUCCUCUGCGAGAAGUGUGAACUGCGGCAGACGGAGACGAUUGGCGUUGGCGACUGGAACGUGAACGAGACGAUCGUCUGCGACGUGUGUCGUGGCGAGUCUGCGGGUGGAGACAAGUCGGAGGCGAAGCCGGAGGAGAGGCGGACCAUUGGAACGACGAUGACGACGUCCAUGGAAGAGGCACGGACGGAUAAUGCGGGGGUUCGGCUAUGCGACAAGUGCAGCUCGCAGAUCACGAACGUGGCUAAGGACUUCAUUGACAAGAACGUGCUGGACCCGGCCCUUCCGACGCUGACGUCGCGGAUCCCGAAGCUGGCGUCGAGAUCCCCUCGGAAGGUGAUGGCACGGCCGACGUCCAUGCCGCUGGGCUUUGACAAUCGACGUGCCCUCAUGGGGAGUCCCGAGGACAAGAGGCCGGAAGUGCCGUUGCAGCCCCGUGCGGAGCAGUCAAGAAUGACAGAGCGAGCAGAGAAGCAUGAACCAAGCAGGGAGGUCAAGGCUGCCUGCAAGGUUCUCAAUGACUACCUCAUGAAGCCAGAAAGAGGGGACCCCAACAAGCUGAAAACGGCGGUCUCCUUGAUUCAGCAAGAGUGGUUCCGGAUCGCAAGUCCCGCCGACUCCGAUCCCAACGUGGUUGAGGACUACAUGGACACCUUCGAGGAGUUCUCCCGUCAUCUGCUUCAUCGCAUCGUCAACAUGGCUGAUGUCAAUGGAAACACGGCCAUCCACUACGCCGUGUCGCACGGAAACUUCGAUGUUGUCAGCAUCCUCCUCGACUCGAAAGUCUGUGACGUCAGCAAGCAGAACAAGGCUGGCUACACCUGCAUGAUGCUGGUCUCGCUGGCUGAGAUCAAAAAUGACACUCACCGUCUCGUCGUGCAGCGGUUGUUUCAGCUCGGUGACGUCAACACCAAGGCCACACAGAACGGCCAGACGGCACUGAUGCUGGCAGCCAGCCACGGGCGCCUCGAGAUGGUCAAGCUUCUCCUGGACGCCGGAUCGGAGCCCAACGUCCAGGACAACGACGGCUCGACGGCUCUCAUGUGCGCCGCCGAGCAUGGGUACAUCGAAAUCGUCCGAGCCCUUCUUGCUCACCCCGACACCGAAGUCUGUUUGGCAGACAAUGAUGGGAGCACUGCACUCACAAUUGCAAUGGAGGCUGGCCACAAAGACACGGCACUUCUCAUCUACGCAAGCAGCAACUUCUCACGGGGGAGUUCUCCUUACUCUUCCCUGCGAGGCAGGAAGCACGUGACCCCCAGGUCCACGCCACCCCCCAGCCGACCCCCCAGAACGCCGCCGCCGCCGAGUCCUGCAAGGUCAAGGCGGUCCUCAUCUUCUGCAAUCAACUAAUCAAAAAGAGCAACUAUCAAGAAAUGAAAAGUGCAUUUUGCUUCAAGCUGCUGUUCCUGCCACCAUUGACCGUCAACCGAAUUCCUGAAUCUCUCCUUUCAAGAGUGUCCCGUGAGACGACAAAGUCCCUCCACCGUUGUUAUUUUCUCGCAAUUUUAAGUUAAAACUUUCUUUGUGACACCUUGUGGCUUAAAGAAAAAAAAAAAAAGUGCCCGACGUCAAACGUUUUGACAAGAUUGCACGCUUCUUAAAUGUUCGCACUAGGCUUUGCCGGUUGAAGCGUACGUUACAGGCGUAUUUUCUUCUUACAUGGAGUUACUAUUGUCUUUUUGGUCACUUUCUGCUGGUAAUGUAUUUCUAUGUUAGUUCAUAAUUUCAUAGAUGCAUUGUGUGCUACUGCAUUAUUUGAUCAGCGCUGCUCUUGGCCGUAACCACGGAAAGUUAUGUUUGGAAGGUGCACAUGAGUGCUGUGGCCUUUCUUUUUUCGUAAUGUUUAUGCACAAAAAGAGCAAGCAUACAUGCACGGAUAAACUUGUCGAAACAGGCUCCCUUGUUAGUGUAAUAUAUAUUAAGGGAGGAAAUGAACGUCGAAGGCCUUCGGUCUUUGCCGAAGGCCCGUGGAAAGUUGGAGCGUCUAGGAGCUGUUAAUAGUAGUGUGUUUCGUUUCUUACAUACUUUCACUUUUAAGCUUAUUGCAAUUAAUAUAUUGCCUUCCCUUAGCAACUUCAAAAAGGUCUUCAGCCAUGCCUUUCAACACAAUUUUUUUGUUGUUGUUUCUUUGUUGUGUGACUGUGUUCGUCUUCCCCUUUUGCUGUUCGGAGAUUGCACAUCAAUUCCAAAAGUUGAGCUUUUUUCUUCUUUUUUUUUUGUUUGCUCAAUUUGGGACAUUGCACUGUCAAAAAUAUUUUCUUUAUCAACUACCUGGAUGAGCUGCUUUUGUCACAAAUUAGCACAAUAUAUGUGCCGCGGCAUGUACCGUAUUUACUCGCAGAAUGAACGCACCGUUUUUUUCCAAAAAAUCGAUGCAAAGUUAGGGCGUUCAUUACGCGAAGUAAAAUUUUUGCGUCCGUAUUUACUCGCAUAAUGAAGGACCUUUUAUCCUGAAAAAUCGAAGCAACUUCUUAUCUCUUUGCUCGCGGCGCCCGACCCCGUAACCAAACUAAGCUGUGAAAAAAAAAAAGAAAAACUCCUCUUUGUUUUCUUUUUCUCCUAAUCCCUUGGGUUUUUUUUUUUUUUUUUUUGUGGUUGCCGCCUUUUGCAAGCUGAUUUGUUUGCUUAGGCGAGGAGGGCUCUCCGCUAAUCUUUCUCAUCUCCUUGCGCGCGGCGCACGACCCCCGUAACCAAACUGCGCUGUGCAAAAAAAAGCAGAAAAAAAAGCUCCUCUUUUUCUUUUGUUUUUUCUCAGUUCCGUGGGUUGUUCUUUUUUUUUCUGCCGCCUUUCGCAAGCUGCUUCGUUUGCUUAGAGGGCUUCUCCGCUCCUCUUUAUCACCUCCUUGCGCGCGGCGCGCGACCCCCGUAACCAAACUGCCCUGUGCAAAAAAAAAAAAAAGCUUUUUCUGUUUUUGAUUUUUCUUAAUUCCGCGGUUUGUUUUUUUUUUUUUUUUCUUUUUGCCGCCUUUCGCAGGCUGUUUCGUUCGCUUAGAGCGCUUCUCCGCUUCUCUUUCUUACCUCCUUGCGCUCGGCGGCGCGCGAACCCAAAGUCCAGACUGGGCAGUGCAAAAAAAAAGCUCCUCUCCAUGUUUUUUUUUUUUCUUGCUUCCGUUGGAUCUUUGCGAAUUUUUUUAACGCCUUCUGCAAGGCGCUUUGUUCGCCCACGCUGCCCAUGCAUUCGCGACCUCGCUGCACCAGGAUAAAAAAGUGCGUUCAUUUCGCGCGCGUGGGGGGGAGGGGGUCAAAAUUUUGACUCCGAGUUGGGGGUCGCGAGUGAAAAAAAAGUCGAAAUUUUGAGAGCCGAUUUGGGGGUGCGUUCAUUACGCGGGUGCGUUCAUUGUGCGAGUAAAUACGGUAGUUCAGACUGAGCCAUACAUGCAGCGUAUGGGACACUCUCCUCGACACUUUUUAUCUCACAUUUUUUCUCAGCGUACAGAGGCCAAAGGCCCGGAGAAAUUGUAUGCCACAGGUUUACCUCUUUUCCGCAUUCUUUUCAGCCAAUCGGCGAUUCACAAAAUUCAAUUUUGACAUGAAACAUGCCAUUUUCUUUAAAACAGAGGUACUUUUUAACCUGCCCAUGCUAGCAGACUGUUGCAACAUAAUUAUUGAAUUAAUUUUUUUUCCUCAAAAUGUUUUUGGAAGUGCAGUGCCCUUUUGAAAGGUACAUUUAUGUCUAACAGUUUUCAUGGCCUGCUAGCAAAACGUCACGACUUUAGUGAUGGCCCACCUGAUGCAAUGUUGAAGGUUUGUGCAACUUUUUACACUCAUUUUAUGCUCCCACUUUAUUUCUGUUUUUAUCUUUCUACACCACUUUUUCUGACAAUGCUUUUUUUGUCUCGGUGGACAAUGAUUGUGGAAUAUUUAGAGUAGUGACCACUGCAUAGUGGUUAGAAAUGUUUGUACACGGCUUUAUUUGUUUCUUAGUGGUAUUGCGUUUCACAUAGUACAAAUAUAAGGUAGUGAUAACGCAUUAUAUUUUAGUCUCACAGGUUUCUUUUAAUUUUUUGGGUGGAAGUUAUUCCGUUGGUUUCUGUUCAAUCGAAAUUACGUUUCUUCUGUCUGUUCUAUGAGCAGUUAUAUAUUUUAAAAAAUAUGGAACUGCUUAUAUGACUUAUGAUGAGAUGAUUACACUGAAGUUACUCAUGGGGUAGCAGUUAUGUGAGUGCCUCUAAAUUAAAGACCCUCAAGGAUUUUACUUGAUCUUGUGGUCAAUCCAAGUUGCUUAUCCACCAAGUUUCAGCAGAGUUUUACUAUUAUGCUUUACUGAGAAUGAUAAAGAUAAUUAAAUACUAUGUAACAAUUUAUUAUUACUGUUGCAUUCCUCUAGAGAUAAGAAAUGUUGAAAACACAUUGCAGCAAAGGGUUUUUAUGCCACAUUGCAAGUAGAAAAUCAAAAGAAAAAAAGCUGUAUGAGAACCCAUAUUACGCACUGUUCCGUCCUAAUGUUUGUUUUCCAUGCCAUUCAUGAGGUAUGUUUUUUAACUCUUCAAGGGCAUGAAGUGAUGCUUGCAUUCCAAAUAAAGUGGCCUUAACAUUA